GGCUUCUCCAGCCGCAGACGUUGCGGCGAGGAUCCUGAGGAUCUGCGCUUGUACGCGUCCGUCGGGAGCCGAAACUGGGCGCCGCAGUGAUGGGGCCGGGUUGAGCUGUGUGCCUCCGGACAAGCUGCGCGGCCGCGGAUGGAGGGCCUUUCGGAGCUGGGGCCCGAGGAGGUGCUGCGCUUUCUGGCGGAGCGCGGGGGCCGGGCCCGGCACGCCGAGCUAGUGCAGCACUUCAGAGGCGCCCUGGGCGGCGAGCGCGAGCAGCGCACCCGCGCCCGCGCCCAUUUCAAGGAGCUGGUCAACGCCGUGGCCACUGUGCGCACCGACCCCACCGACGGCUCCAAGUACGUGCACCUCAAGAAGCGGUUCUGCGACGGGGCCCCUCCGCCCGAGGCCGCGCCCCCGCCGGGUCUGCCCCUCGUCACGGUGACCGAGCCCGAGCCCCUCGGCCGCAGCUCUAGGUCGCCCGGCGGCGCGGCCGAGCCUGAGCGGAGCGGCUUGUGGCCCGCGGUGGCGCCUCCCGAGUCGUUCCCGGACCGGGGUUGCGAGUCGCGCGGCGGGGAGUACGCGGGGCCAGGAGGCGGGGUCCGGAGGAAGAAUUCGCGGCGCGAACUGCGGGCGCCGCCCCGGGGACAGGCCCCCGGCAACGAGGACCGGGAGCCCCCGCCCGAAGGCUGCAAGGACGCGGACGGGGGCAGCUCGCUGGGCGGGGUCGCCGCCCAGAGGGCCGCCCGCCAGAACCUCCGUGAGCUUGUGAUGGGCGGCUCCCCGCAGCUCAGGAGGAGCGGCUGUCCUGGGGGCAGCAGCCCAGGGAGCUCGUCCGCUGGGGGACGCGGCAGGGGUGGGGGCGACUCGGACAGCGCGUCCGUCGCUUCAUCGUCGGCUGAGGAGGAGAGCAGUGGCGGGGGCUCGGUGACACUGGACCCUCUGGAGCAUGCUUGGAUGCUCUCAGCCUCCGAUGGCAGGUGGGACAGCCUAGAAGGGUUGCUCACCUGUGAGCCCGGCCUGCUGGCCAAGAGGGACUUCAUCACCGGCUUCACCUGCCUACACUGGGCCGCCAAGCAUGGCAGGCAGGAGCUCCUGGUCAUGCUGGUCAACUUUGCCAACAAACACCAGCUGCCAGUGAACAUCAACGCCAGGACCAGCGGAGGCUACACGGCCUUGCACUUGGCAGCCAUGCACGGGCACGUGGAGGUGGUGAAGUUGCUGGUGGGGGCUUAUGACGCAGACGUGGACAUCAGGGACUACAGUGGGAGGAAGGCCUCUCAGUACCUGAGUCAGAGCAUUGCCGAGGAGAUCAGGAACUUGGUGGGAGCCCUGGAUGAAGAGGAGGACGGAGAGAGCACCACAGGCAGCUGGGGUGGGCGCUGGAGGCUUUCAAAGGUGCUCCCCUCGCACCUCAUCAGCUACAAACUCUCCCACGCCCUGGAGGAUGGAGGGGACCAUCACCACCACCUCCACCUGGUUGAGGGAUGGGCUGGAGGCAAAGCGAAGGAUCCAGGUCGCAAAGCUUCAGGCAGUUCUAGUGGAAGGAUAAAACCCAGACUGAACAAAAUCCGCUUCCGAACCCAGAUCAUCCACACUACACCCACUUUCCGAGACCCAGAGCAGCCCCUGGAAGAGGGGGAGGAGGAACAGGAGGAACGGUCUUUCAAAGGCCACUCAUCCUCAUUCAAAUUGAGACCCAAGUCCAAUGUAUUUGGGUAAAAAUUUUCUUUAAAAGAUUCUGAAGGUCAGGUCAAAGUUGAAAUGCAGGAAUACUAAUUAGGGAAUGGUAUCAGUAAGGAUGGUAUCCUAUUUGUAUAGAUAAGUAAUGUUCAACUAUUUAAGGCAAUUUCAGUUUUAAUCACUGACCACUAAAGAAAUAAGCAUAUACUUUUGAAUUAGUAGUGUGGGUCCCCCUUAACUAUCUCUAAUAGAACUGCACUGAGUAUUAGGGUCCACAACAACACAUUUUUGUUCAGAGAAAACAAUCUAUGGUACUUUUAAGUAAAAUACUGCCUCUGGUUCUGAUUCUCACAAACUUCUUUUGCUAUUAUUCUAAAAGUCUAAAUUUUCUGGACUUUUCAUUCUGGGGACCACAUAACCAUUGGUCUUAUUAGAUGUGGCCCUGUUUGAUGGUGCCUAGAGUUGAAAUGCUUACAGAAAGUGUUCUAGUUCACACGAUCAGCAAAAAUUGGCAUAAAUGUUAGCGAGUCUAUGCUUCUGUGAAGUAAUUAUUAAAUCAACUUAAUGAUUCUCACAUAAGGUUACACUUUUAACUUUAUUAAUAAAAUACAUUCAUAGUCUCUAUGCUGCCUAGCAAUGUUUUGUAACUGUUUAAGAUACUGAAUCCCUUCAAUUUUCCAAUGUUUCCUUGAAUCUGUUAGAGACAUACAGUGAAAUUAUUGGAAAGCUGGAUAGUAAAUCUACCCAGUUAAAAAGAGCACUUUAUAAAAGGGAAAAGAGAAGAAAUGGUACUAUUUCUAUAUCUAAGUGAUACUCACUAUUGAAUUCCUUUGCAUAUAAAUGAAAAAUACCAUUCAUUACAAUGAAAGACUUGCAUAAGCAUUCUUUAUUACAUUUCAUCCAAAUGUGGAAAGGGGAAAUGUCUUUAUAGUUACUGUAAAAUGUAGCUCACAAGCAUAUUAGAUCUGUUUGUAACAAGAUUUAAAACUUUUGUGGGAGACUAAUUUCAACGAGUUCUUGGUCUUCUUGGUCUCGUAACUGCUGAAAUGUAAGUACCUAACACCCAUAGAGACUGAGGAGGAGUUAACAGCUUAGAGUGAGUGAACCAAUAUAUGAACUGCACAGCACUGCACUGUUUAGAGAGUUCUUAGAGCUUUAAUUUCCCAAGUUGUAGAAAUUUCUAACAACUUUGUCACGCCUCUAGAUAGCAACAGAUAGUAACUGAAUUUGUUUAAAGACUAAUGAAAAAUAUUCACAUAAAAUAUAUCAACUAUUUGUGUGCCUUUACUUUUAGGAUCAUGGAAAAUGGGCCAUGUAUAUUUGAGAAGCACUUUUAUCCAUACUAGUGGGUGAAAAAAUUAAUUUUAUAUAAAUUAAAAAUAGACUCCUUGAAAGUGAAAAGCAGUCAUUUGUUCUGCAUCAUAUACAUAAUACUUGUAUGUAGUGCAGAAUAAGCUGUCAUUCACCAUUGAGGAAUCCCCACAUUUUGUGGACAUGUAAAGCUAAAGUGAAUUGUGAAGAGUAGACACCUCAACCACCUAAACUGUUGAAGUGAAUAUUAAUCCCUUAAAUAUGUAUGUUAGUAAUUAAUUGCACAAAAUCUAUGAUUUGCUAGAUCUUUAGAGAUUGAGUCAAUACUUAAGUUGCUUUUCCCACUAAAGACUUUAACUUUUCUGAUAAAAUAUACUUUAAUUUUUCAAAAGUCAUUCCUUCGGGGGUACUACUUCCAGCAUUCCUUGUUAUGAUGUGCUUGUGUGCAAUAAGUGUAACAUUUUCAGCUACUUAACUCUACAUUCCUCUUAUUUUUCAGUUUUCAAAUGGAGAUUAUAAAAAGCAAAUGAUUUGUGUAAUUUGAUAUUUGUGGAGUGGUGCCCAACGUUAGAGGAAAUGUGUAUGUCAGUUACUUAGGUAUUUAUUGAUAUAUAACUGUGUGGUUGAUAGUAAAUCCAUCAUGUCCAUGUGUUUCUUUCUUAGAGGUACACUUAAAACUAGUGAAUGUCCCAAAUCUCUUCACUUUUACCAUAUAUAAAAUGCAGCUAGCUUAUAUAACUUGAAAAUCUGGUACUAUUUUAUUCACGCCUGAAAUCUUGUUGGAAUCCAGGAUGCCUUGUCUCAUUUUUUAAAUAAGUGAAACUUUGUAAGUCUAGGAUGUAAAAUUUGUAUUUUGCUUUGUCAAAAUAAAAAGUUCACACUAGA